GCUCUCAGCGACUUCUGCUCCGAUCCGAACACGUUCGUCCUCAACUCCACCCAGUUCAACUCCGGGACCAGCUCAGAUGUGCUGGAUUAUUACCUGACCUGCAGCCGACGCAUGAGCAGUCCCUUCCAGCAGCUGCUAACCCAGUCACAGAGGGCGCUGUCCAACAUCCACACACACCUCUCCAGUCUGGACAGGAAUGCUCUGCCGCAGUAUCCGAAGGCUGAGAAGUCACUCAGGGAGGUUCAGCAGAUCCUCAACGCCACCGAGGGCAACUUUCAUCAGUUGGUGGCGCUGCUCAACUGUCGAAGUCUUAAUAAGGACUACAUCGACUCUCUGAAAGGUCUGUGCUACGAUGGGAUGGAGGGGCUACUCUACCUCUCCCUCUAUUCUUUCCUCUCUGCUUUGGCCUUCACGGCUCUUCUCUGUUCCCUGCCCGGCGCCUGGAGGAGCUUCCCCAGUGAUUCGGAGGAGUACGAAGACUCGGACAGCGAGAGUGAGGACCCCUUCACCUCCCAUCAGGCACGUAGACAGACGGCCGCGGGGUCUCAGCGAGGGGCCUUGCCCCCCUUCUAUAAUUACCCGGGGGCCGGGUGGACACCCCCGUUUUCUAGUGCGCCGCCCCUCCCGACUCCAAACGUUUCCUCCAAUGGCAACCCUGGCUAUGAGAGCCUGCCUUUGACUGACAGGCAGUCCCCACCCCCUUCUGUGAGUUCCUCUGUACUUGUGACAUCGUCAUAAUCUGUGCCAUUU